CCGGACCGGCGGGUCCCGAACUGGGCGGUGGCCGGCUCCAGUGAAAAGAUAAUGGCAGCUCGGGCCGGUCACAGGAUCCUGAGAAAAGUGGCCUGGGGAUGCCGCCCGAAGUCGGCUGCCGCGGCCGGAGCCCCGUGUCCGGCGCAGGUAUCUCUGCGGAACGUCAGAUAUUUAGCUUCCUGUGAUAUACUAAUGAGCAGAACUCUCCCACUACAUGCCUCAGUUUUGCCUAAGGAAUUAUAUGCAAGAACUUUCUUCAAAAUUGCUGCACCGUUAAUAAACAAAAGGAAAGAAUAUUCAGAGAGGAGAAUUAUUGGAUAUUCUAUGCAGGAAAUGUACGAUGUAGUAUCAGGAAUGGAGGAUUAUAAGCAUUUUGUUCCUUGGUGUAAAAAAUCAGAUGUACUAUCAAAGAGAUCUGGAUACUGCAAAACACGAUUAGAAAUUGGGUUUCCACCCAUGUUGGAGUGCUAUACAUCAGUAGUAACCUUGGUGAAACCACAUCUGGUAAAGGCAUCCUGUACUGAUGGGAGGCUUUUCAAUCACUUAGAGACUGUUUGGCGUUUUAGCCCAGGUCUUCCUGGCUACCCAAGAACUUGUACCUUGGAUUUUUCAAUUUCUUUUGAAUUUCGCUCACUUCUACACUCUCCUGCCACAUUGUUUUUUGAUGAAGUUGUAAAGCAGAUGGUAGCUGCCUUUGAAAGAAGAGCUUGUAAACUCUAUGGUCCAGAAACAAAUAUACCUCGGGAAUUAAUGCUUCAUGAAGUUCAUCAUACAUAAAGAAGGAACUGGUCACCUACUUGUAACUUUAGUUUGCUCACUUUUAUGAAGUGCUUUUCAUCAUUUGCUUUCGUAAGUCAGAAAGUACUUGUUAAAACCAGCUUUGAUUAUAAACCUUCACCUUUGAAAAUUUGCACUUGAAAUACAGAACCAUGUGUACACAGAAUUCAAUCAAGUACAAUUCAGAGUAAUAUAUAUGUUGGCAUAUUUGCAAUAAUGGAACGUCAUCACUAUUUCUAGUAUACUAACAUCAUUCUUCUGAGCAGAAAUUGAAACUAUAAAUUUGAACCUCUCAAGAUACUUAAACAGUAUUACGUUAACCAUAUCGCGUUUAAGUUAUUAAAUUCAGACUAUUUAUAACUUACUGUCAUAGGGCCUUCCUCAGGGCUUAGUAUAUUUGGUAAUCAUCAGAUAUUUAAAGUAAAAACUUUGACUUAAAGGACAUUGUUACUGAUGUUUCCUUUAUAUUUUCUCAUUUUUAAAUUGUUCUUAAGGGUAGUAGUAGAUAAUCCAAUGCUAUAGUGAAGUUAGCUUCCAGAUAAACAUUGAAUUUUGUUUUGGUGAAUGGUCCAGAGCUUUCAGUUACAUUUCUAGU